AUGGAAGGGAAGCUCGCGCUUCCAAGCUUUCUCAAGCUCCUCACCAAUCAUAACGUGCCUGCGUCCAAAGCGAUGGCUGUUGCAGGGAAAAUCUACAAGACUCACAACACUCCCUCCCUGCUCGCUCAGCUCACAGAUGCCAAGCUCAGCGGAGCCGGCGUAGAAGACAAGGAGACUCGGAGGCUUGUCCUCGCCGCCAUCCGGAAGGCAGGCUACACGGCCUCUACAAGAGGGGCCUCUGGAGCCACCGGCCCCAGCGGCAGCACGCCCAGUGGUGCAGGUGUCCGUUCCUCGUCUGCAGCUUCCCAAUCUGAGCGUCCCAAGAAGAAGCGCAAGCGCGACGACGACCUGAACGAAUUCUUGCCCGAUCAUCCCCCAGAUGAGGGCGCGAUGUACGGCAGCCUAGAGUUCAAUGAAAUUCUCGACGAGGAGCCUUCUCGCAGGCUAACGUAUGGCUGUCUAUUCUCGGACGCUCAGAUCCUCAAGCCCAAAUUCACGGUCGUGAACCGUGCCCCCAUCAUGAUGGCCUGGGCGUUUGUCGUCGCAGAACGGCUGGGUUUCCAGCGCGAGGAAGCCCUCAGCAUAGCAUCGGUAUACACGGAAAUGAACGCCAUUUCCAAAGGCGUCUCCCUUGGGAUCUUCGACAAGAACAAGAGCAAGGGGGUGGAUGCAAGCCCGAGCGGCACCCAGCCGUACGUAGACCUCAUGGGCCGACGCGGCGCUCCCUCACCGCGUGCACUCCCCGGGCUCCACCUCUCCCCUCAGCAUGUACGUGUCCCUUUAAUGUUCGGACCGCUCUACCAGACUGCCUCCGGGGGCUGGCGCGCUUUGUCCUCAGGCAGUCCCGUCGCGCCCACGUCUGCGUUUUCGUACAUCACCCGUGCCCUGCGGCAGACUGCGCCACCCGUCCUCGGUGCGCUGCGCCUCCUUGCCGCGAGCUACACGCCCGUGGAGCUCAACCGUGACGCGUUCGCUCUCUAUGCCGAGUUCCGUCCGAGCGUUGAGGAGUGGGGACAACGCGGUGAGACGCGGUGCGCGACGAUUUUAGACCUGCGAAAGGCAGGGACUCAACAAGGCCAGGACCAUGGUCAAGCUGAAGACGGAAGUGCGCGCAUUGAGGCUCCCGUAAAGGUUGACAGUGGAUCCCCCGACGGAGUUAGCGUGGCCGAUGCCCCGGCGACAGACGGUACCGAGCAAGAACCAGCGAGCAAGAAACAACGCAGCAUGACAUUGGAAGAAUACGAGGCAGCCCUAGAUGACGAUCAUAUGUUUGACAGUGUUGACCUCAAUUUCGACAAUGUGCCUUGA